GGCCGCGAACGGACGCAGGCCGUUGCUCACGACAAAAACAAAAAAAAUUUUUUUUCUUUCUCAUCACAUACCUAAAAAAGUUUUUUUCAGUGCUUGAAGAAUGCGCCGCAACUAAUGUUACUUUUUUUUUGGCAAAAAAAUUUCAAACGCAGUUUUUUUCCUCGUUAUUCUUUUGUUCAACGUUAGGUCGUGUGGUGAAAUGUGAAAGUAAAUUUGUUAUGCCUUCGAUGUGGAGAUAGUCUGCGGGGACCCAAUAAUACAAGAUGGCUGGUUCCCGAGAAAAAUUGCUCUACGAACGCAACGCGGAUUACCGAUAUGAAAGACGACAGGAGCACCGCUAUGAACACUACAGAACACAGCCCCGCCGGAAAAACGGAUACGUAUAUGAAGAUAUAUAUUCAGAUUUCGACGAAGCGCAAGGCCGGCUCUCCCUAUUCCGACCCAUCAGACCCGAAUAUCUAAAUCUACCUACGACCUACGAUAAGUACAAUUCGCUUCCACGCUACGGGUACUAUGAAGAUCGGCAACAACAUAGAAAGAAAGAUUAUUACGACUACAGAAUCGAACAGGAGAGACGACGACCUCGAGAAACUUAUGAACCUUAUAGAAAAAGACCUGAGCGACGCUUAGAAAGCAUCGAAAUGAGCAACGAGCCGAAAAUAGAACCUAGACACGAACCUAGACCUAAAAUGGAAAAUAGAAAAACCUAAGAUCGAAAUGAACGCGAAAAACGUAGCGGUUUGCAAGCCUUUAAGAUUAACUGAGAAAAAUGCACGUUAUUGGACUACAGAUCUUCCAGAAAAACCUAAAAAACGCCCGGAUGAAGUUAAGAAAAACGUUAAAUUCUCCGAAGUAUCAGGAUGCAAUAGAAAGAUGGUUAUAGACGAUCCGGUUUGUGGUCGGAAGGUAGUUCCUGUGAGAGAACUGGAGGUAUCCUUAGACCAGAUGAUUCAGAACGGGUAUUUUGAGAAGCAUAACAUACCUAUUUCGAGACCGGUGAAAGAGGAGGAGCCGGUAAUGAACGGGAAGCCUCCGGGGAUAGAAGCCACUCCAGUAAGGCGCACCAGACAUCUGCCUCAGGUGUUAGCAGCAUUAGCAGUGUCCCUAGCUCCAUUCUCAGCUGGUCUGGGGAAAGGUUACAGCUCACCUGCCAUCGCCUCGCUUCAAGGUCCAGGGAACACUACCAGAAGAGACUUUCAGCUCACAGACCAGCAGGCUUCUUGGCUUGCUUCUCUGUCGUUCCUGGGGGCCCUCUUCGGUGGCAUGGCUGGUGGAGCAGCCAUGCGGCACGGACGCCGACGCGUGCUGUCCCUCGCUGCAGCACCCUGCAGUCUUUCCUGGCUUCUGACUGUUCUGGCUACUUCUGUUCGAAUGAUGUGCAUCACGGCAUUCUUGGGAGGCUUUUGCUGUUCCAUCCUGACCAUGCUUUCUCAGGUGUACAUUAGCGAGAUAUCCGUCCCGGAUAUCCGCGGCUGCCUCAGCGCCGUGCUCAAGAUCGUCGGUCAUCUUGGAGUCCUAUUCUCCUUCACCAUCGGUGCCUACCUCGACUGGCAACAACUCGCCCUCUGCAUCUCCGCCGCUCCUCUACUUCUUUUCUGCACCGUUCUUUACAUACCAGAGACUCCAAGCUAUCUUGUCCUUAUCGGGAAAGAUGAAGAAGCUUACAAAAGCCUCCUCUGGCUUAGAGGCCCCAAUUCCGAUGUCGUUCAAGAACUAGCAACUAUAAGAACAAAUGUCUUGGCUAGCAAAAACUUUAGUCAGCGACAGAGUCAAAUGUCUAGUAGUCAAUUCAUCAGUUCCUUAGAUGUUAAGUCGAUGAAUAGAUUGCUAGGUCCAAUCCUAGUGACGUGCGGUCUUAUGAUGUUUCAAAGGUUCUCAGGUGCUCAUGCAUUUUCUUUCUACGCCGUACCUAUUUUUCGCAAGACUUUUGGGGGUAUGAACCCACAUGGAGCCGCUAUAGCUGUGUCAUUUGUACAACUGCUAGCUUCGUGUUUAUCCGGACUUUUGAUUGACACGGUUGGUCGCCUACCUUUACUUAUACUUAGUUCAGUAUUAAUGUCAAUGGCCUUAGCUGGUUUUGGGAGCUACGCGUACUAUGAAGAAGUCCACAGGAAUCAACGAAUCCAGAAUGUGAUGUUCCAUCAGACUGGUCAAAAUGACUGGAUACCUCUUCUUUGUGUCUUGGUUUUUACUAUAGCGUUCUCUUUAGGCAUGAGUCCUAUUUCCUGGCUGCUUAUAGGAGAAUUGUUUCCUUUGGAGUACAGGGCUUUUGGAAGCGCCAUGGCAACGGCUUUCAGCUACCUCUGUGCUUUCGUAGGCGUCAAGACCUUUGUGGAUUUUCAACAGGCACUGGGUCUUCAUGGGGCUUUCUGGUUAUAUGCAACAGUAAGUGUGGGAGGUCUUUGCUUUGUUGUAUGCUGCGUGCCUGAGACGAAAGGAAAAGACUUGGAUGAAAUGGAUCCGAAUUAUGUCCAGAGUUUGUCACCGAAAAGGUAAGCAGUUUAGGAGUCACACGUCGAAGUGGUCUCUCUCAGACUUGAUAAGAGUGACAAUGUGAGUGAAUCUGGAUUUAAUCAUGUGUUGUUUUUAUAGAAUGUUGGGGUAGAUGUAGGCAGCGGGGAAUAGAAAAGAGUUUUGUAGUGUGAUAUAUGAAGAGAAAUUAAAACCUAGUAGAGAACUAGGGAGGCACUAGUAAUUCUAAAUAAGCUAUUAUUCAAAUGUUGAAAAAAAUGGAACAAAUUUUGCCAACGAUAAAAGAAAGAGAUUUAAGAUGCCUAUCAUAUGUAUAGGUACCAAUCUAGCGGGGAAAUGACCGGAAUGUUGCCGAAAAAGAAAAAGACAAGAUCCUUAAUAAAAUUAACAAAAACUGCUUAAUUUGGAAUUACUGAUAAUAAUUGAAACUGAAGGUGAAGUUAGAGGGUCAAUUCUGGUUUAGAGAAAUGCCUAAAUUGGACAAAAAUAGCGGAUUUUAGAAGGGCUUGUGAGGGUGCGAGAUAAAUAAGAUGUAGCAACCAUGUAGGAACAAAUAAAUCGAGUCCACCGCAAUGUUUUGGCUGUGCUUAUUACAAUUUUUUAAAAUAAAUAUCCACCUCGUAUUCGGUGGUCCCCUAAAGUUUUUAGUAACACUCGCAUAUCCUAGUCGAAUCAUAUCUAAAAUAUCUUUAGUUUAUCUAUUUUAAGAUUGCAGUGGUCCAUUCUUUACCUCUCUAAAUUAAAUCCCUUUAGAAUUCUUAAUGUUAGUGAAGAGUAUUUUCCAGAAUUCCCUAUAGUUAAAGUUAUUCACUACUUGUAACUUAUAAAUACUGGAUAUUUUAUCGAGCUUCCCUAUUAACUAUAUGACAAUACAAAUAAGACAAUAAUAAUUUAACUAUAUUGGUAUUUUAAGUGGGAAAUUGCUGUCAGUAAUUAAUGCACACUUCACGACAAAUACCAAAAAUUAUUUUUUUUGAGUAAGAUAUGUAAUAUGUAAGGUCAAUGCGGAGAAGACCGUCUAUCAUGUCAGAUCAGAUCGUUAAUAAGCUCUUUCGUCGCUUCUAUCUCUUGCGUUGGUACACAUACUCCACUUACAGCAGGUCGGUAGAGCAGAAGGAGCGAAGCUCUUCCUUUAUGGCUGUGUCUGCGCGACGUUCGAAUACAAAUACUAAGACGUUCUUCCCAACCAAAAAUGUAUAUGCCGAUCUUCUCCACAUUGACCUUAAGAGGCUGUCAAUACCUAAAGCGCGCACACUGUCUAUUUGUAUCGGAGUAAAUGAGAUAGCACUGUCGCAUGUUACUGAGCCUGGGCAAGGAAAUAAUAAGAAAAAUAUUUAAAUAAAAAAAAGUGGAUUAUUAGUGUAAUAUUUAACUCGACCACGGUUUAGAUAUAAAUGUUUUAAAAUUGUGAUUUUAACUGCAGACCCAUAAGUCAAAACAAUAAAGACAUAAAACCGUUUAAUUGUGAUUUUAAGACCAAUCUUUGCAAUUAUUUUCUAUCGAGCCGAUUUCGUUCAAUCGUGUAUCUAGUACGACCACGGUCUUUGAAAUAUAAUUAAUAUGAACAUAUAUUUUUCUUACUUGACUAAAACAAAUAGUCUUUCUUAAAAAACUGUUUAAGUAACAUCAAUUUCAAGGACAUUGGGUGUUGACAGCCUCUUAAGAAGAUGGUUCUAGAAAGAUUAAGUGUGCAUAUUUACGUGAUAAGACCCAUGACAUAUUGUCAUUAUUUACAUUUAGUGUAGAUGCUGUUGACUUUCUGAGAUUCUAUUAGAUCAUCAUUUAAAUAGAUCUUAAUUUUGUCCGUUUAUAGUAUUGGACGCCUUGUAGAGAAAAGGCUUCCACAAAUUGAUGUUUUCAUUUAGUUUGGCAAAAUCUACAUGGGAUUUGGUAUCUCCGUCCGAAAAAUCGGUGUAAUCGAGUGCUAACUUCUACCGGCCCACCAUCCAAAAAAAAUUACAGUCAAAUUUGGAUCAAUGCUGUUAGAAAAUCUAAAUUAACUUCCUUUUAAAAUCGAACGAUUCACAACAAAAGCUCUAUUUCAUUUCGUAAUGAGUUAAAUUUUAUUAAAGGUAAUUUGUACUAGUAUGAGGACAAUGGGACGCUCUAGAGGAUAGUAUUCUCCUUUGCAGAGAUGUGAAUGGAUUUGAUCUAGCAAUGGCAUCAAUUUGUGUAAGACUUGAUAUUGUCAAUAUUUUUCAUAAUACAUUUACUUAUUAUUAAAAAUAAACCCUAUUUAAUUGUUUACUUCUAUUUACAGGAUUGUUAAAAUACAAGAAGUAACUAACCUAACCUAACCUAAACAUAAACCUAUGCUUAACCAAUAUGUUUCUAAUAUUAUUGUUCUUUAUCCUGUCCAAGGAAAACAGUAUUUCGAAAGUGUUCUAUCAGACAAUAAUUUUAGAAAGCAGUUCUGACAUAAUGUCUUUAAAUACUUGGGCAGGAUUUAAAAUUACGUUAACUGUAUAAACAAAUAUUUUAAUAAAUCUCCAGAAUCUUCCAUGAUUCCUUCCUAUCUAUAUUUCCAUAUUUAGAAAAUCGUAAUUCAACAUAAUACUUAUAUUUAAUGUUCUAGGGGAACAAAUGUUUCGUUUAGCGCAUGUACUUAUGAUGUAAAUAAGAUUUUGGCUUAGGUGUAUGUUUGUGCGUUAUUUGCGUAAAGCGACGUGUGAAAAGCAAUUUAGAUUAGAAUGAGGUAUUUAGGUUUUCUAAAAUUCCGCUUGGUUAUGUAUAUGAACUUUUGGCGUUACUUUCUAAGUAUAAAGAAUGAGUACCUAUAUUGAGUUGGACCAAGCUAUCAUAAUUACAAAUGACAAUGUGAAAAUGACAACUAGAAGAACAAACCUAUCCAUUCUAAGAGAGCUCAAAAUUGCCACUUGGCUUUCGAGAACAUGCCUUGAGCUCUUAGAGUCAUCGGACAUAUAUUAUGUGGUCUCAACAAACAUAUAAUUUAUAAUUUCAGGCCGAAUGAAUAGCAAACGUGUUCGAGAUCCAUCUCAUACGUGUCCUACGUAUGAGAUGCGGCCCAAUUCGAAGAAUGAAAUACUAUAACGAUAAGUUCUGGUUUAGAUAAGUUCUCAUUUAGAUAUCGUUUAUAUGCAGUAUAAUUAUUGACAGAAGCAGCUCGAUUCGGGCAACCAAUGACACUUUACGUUAGAAAUAUCGUAGAUAGAUCUUAUUGGAGUCACAGCGGAAUCGAAAUAAACGUCACUUUUGACAUGUCGUUUAGUUAUCGAUGUUUUAAAGAUCUUUCCAAGAUCUUAAACGUGUCUUCAGCAUUUUUUCUAAUCGGGCCGAUAGUCGAACACUUCAGAGGUCGGCUGGCAGUCUGCACCGUGCAGUCCACAUGACUUAUGACCGCACAAAAUGGAGACAAAUUACAUGUGGCUUCGAUCCUUAGCAAUGAGGGAACGAGAAAGAUUUAUGACACUCUACUACCUACUACACGUGGUUCUGUCAAAGUUGGUGUAGUCUUGCAAAUUUAGCUUAAACAUAGAGAAUGUGUAGAAUUUUACUAUUUUUUGCACAUUUCAUACAAAUGUAUGUAUUUUAAAGACACGAAAUGCAAUAAGUAGUGAGGCAGCCAAGUUCUAUAAACGUGACUAAGUACUUAAACUACUACUGCAAUGAAAUACAUAUAUCUAAGUGUAAAGCAAUUUGUUAAACUCAUUUUAAAAUACCUAUUAAUUAAUAAUUUCAUAUUAUAAGCGCCACAUCAUUCAUAACCAGGAAAAAGGAGUUUUAGCCAACUAUAAAUACCUUUCUAUGAAAAAAAUGGGCUUUGCUGUUCUAUAAUUGCAUUAUUAAUAUUUAAUAUGUUUAAAAAAUGCUGUUAUAUGCUGAAUAAACAGGACAAAAUGUAUUUGCCUCUGAAAUAUUCAAGCAAACAUUUUUAACUGUUUAUUUUGAAGUAUAAGUCCAAAUUAGACGGUUGCCUUUCUUGUUUUACGCCUGCCAAUUACUAGUUCUUAGAAAAUGUAUAACUAUUAUUUACUGUUUACAAAUUAAUAUAUAUAUUUAUUGUUUAUUUAAUUUUUAUCAAAUAAUACAAUUAGAUAUUACGAAAUAUAACUUAAAACAUCCGGAUUUCUGGGUCAAAAUAUAAUAGACAGAACGUUUAAUAAAUGUUGGUUUAUGAGCAAAAACAUGGUUGAGGUUAAAACGCUUAUCAAAAUGCUAAAGUUCAUAAAUACAAUAAAGUUUUAAUUGAUGUUUCUUUACACCAUGUUAAAAUAAAUAUUAUUUACAUAAAAACGGUAAUUAAAUUUUUAUGUUGACUUAUGGUUCCAUUUGGACUUUCAAAAUAACAAAAACACUUUGGCUUUGAAUGACUGAAUGAUCAAGCCCAAGAAAUAAUAAAACUUAAAUAUGAUUACUAUGAUUUUAAAGGGAGUGGAACACCAUUUGACAAGAAGCGAGAAGAAUGGUUAAAAAGUAUUAUUAAAAUAAUAAUAACAGCUAGCAUUGGUUAAUAGAAGAAAAUUAAAUAAAGUCAGAUAAAAAUAAAAAUAAAAACAAUAAUUAUAUUGGAUAUUAUCUGAAAGUGUUUCCAUUAAAAAAUGGACAGAUAGUUUGUUAUUGAAAUAUCAAUACCUAAAAAAAUGCUACGAAUAUUGGUUGCAAGUGCAAAUUACGAACAAUUAAAUUGAAUUAAAAUUGGAAUAAAUUAAUAGACAAAUAAUAGGUUGUGAAUUUAUACAUUUUCUAGAUUUUAUAAUAAUAAAUUACAUAUUCCUAAAGAAUAACAAUAGUCGCUUAUUUCAAUAAUUUGAAGCUUGCUUGCAGUAGAAAAGUAAUUAAUUCUGUAAGUAAUGUGCAACAGUAAAACAAAAAGCAUAUUACUUUCAAUGCUUUAUUUUACUUCAUUCAAUUUAAAACUUACUCUAAAAGUAAUCAUUACAUGUAAUCAUGACCUACGUUGUACAAAAAAAAAAAACAGUUAUAUAGCUUAUAAAUUAAUUGCCAGUAUUUAUAAAAGAGCUACAUAAAUUGAUUCAAUGCGUAGUGGAAAAUAGUUGCUACUUAAAAAAACUGCAACCAAAACUAUUAAUUUUAGCCUUUUAGCUAUUAUUGUGACGUGGUAGAAGUGUGCCUGUUCCUAGACUAAAUAAUUUCCGUAGAGUUCGUCUACGUCAAGUCUGCAGUGACGCCAUCAUAAACGUCAUAAUACAAAUAUGACAUCAUAUUUUAAACAGGAACGUCCUCAAAGUAGACCCCAGAUGCGUUGGGACGACGACAUCAAAAGGACUGCGGGGAAGAAGUGGCUCCAGGUCGCACGGAACCGUGACGAGUGGCAUAAAAUGAAGGAGGCCUACACCCGAAGGGUAGAGAAGGGCUAAAGAAGGAGAAGAAGAUUUUAAACAGUAACAACAUCAUAAUUUAAAUUCAAUAAAAACAGAAUACAAUAUAAAUAUGACUACAUAUUUAUGUAAUGACAUUUAUGGUGGCGCUGCCACACUUUAUUGCUGCUGUAUCACUUUAGACUCGACGAAGACGGAAUAUAGUAAGGCUUAAAAUAGUACUCGUUUAUCUUUCGAGAUUAUUUUGAUUAUUCCUGUCAUCAGUGUCAUACUUGUAUUUUACUUAAUGUCAUAUUAUGAAAAUCAUACAUCGUAUUUGUUUAUGAAUCGCAAAUAUUAUUUGGUACAUUUUUGUAAAGCUGUUUCUAAUAUGGGUAAAACAUUGCUCUUAUAACGAAUUGCCUAAUUUUAUAUGGAGUUACAUAUCAAAAAAUUUAUAAGUAUAUCAAUUUAAAAAAAUCCCAUAUUUUAAACAGCUCCGUUAGAAAAAAAUGUAGGUAUUAAGAUAGAAGGGCUUUAACUAGCUUAGUGUUUCCUUAAAAGACUUUAGAUUGUACAAAAUAAUCAAUUAUAAUGCAUAAAAGAUUUUUACAACACACGUUAUUCUUCUGCAUUCUGCAAAACGUACGAUUCGCAACUAAUUCACUGUUAUGUGUCGCUUCGUGAAAAAAAAUGUUGACACUUAGCUUCUGUUCAAACAAGUUAAUAAAUAAGUUUUUGCCAAAAAUAUCAUUUUUGGUAAAAAGUUUUAUCGCUGCCUGCACUUAUUCACCACAGACAACUAAUAAUCAUCGAGACAUUUCUAAAAACCCCAAACACAAUUACGUUGCGUUGUUUCAUCACAUAGUUCCUAUGGUGACCUCCUAUCUCCAUCACCAGAUCAGCUCGAUGACACCAUAUAUAAUAUUGCAUUGUUAUCCGACUUAAAUCUGUUAUUAUAACUAAUAUACUAACAGGGCAAGUUAAAUAAAAGCUUCUAAAAAAGAUUUCGACGGGUUGAAGAACUCCUUUUUUGAAGUUGGUAUAAAUAAAAGUUGAAAUAUAUAUAUUAAGUACGUGAAAUGUAAAUCAAAAGAACAUGGGUAAAUUAACAACAAGAAAUAGUCAAUCUUAUCAUCACCACCAUCUCAGCCGAAAGACGUCCACCGUCCACUGCUGGACAAAGGCCUCCAAAGGCAAGUUAACCUAUUGACAACAAAAAACUUAAGGAAUUUUAUAUUAAAUGAAAACAUUUACGGGCUUUAGUGUCAACAUCUUUACGCCGACCUCCUAACAUAUUCUUGUAAUCUAGCAUAUUUAGCAUUUUGCUCAAAACUAACAACUUUAUGCUGCCUGCAAUGCAAUAGAACGUUGUCCCCCAAAAAGCGACAUUGACAUAUAAUUUCCAAUAGGACAGUUCGGGUCGCAGAAUAUUGUUUUUUACUUUUAUCUACCUUAACUAUAACCUAAGGUAAACUACGAUUUAAAUGCUGUAAUACUGUUUAGUGAAAUAAAAUUGCUGUUUUUGAAGAUUCUGCGUCUGUCAUCACAUCACUCCAGUAAAUGUGUAACAGCAAUUGUAUCACAGGCAACAUACAUUGAUAUGACGAGACAAUAAAUCUAUGACAAUAAUUAACAAAAUUAGUACUUUGAAAUGUAUUGAAGUGAUUAUUACUGAUUAAAAUAAUUUAAAGUCUACAUGAUUUUAUGUAAGCGCUGAAAAAAUGCCUAAACGAUAGUAAAUAAAUAUACCUAAUUAGAUUAGAUUGAUUUAUAAGAUUUCGUGUUUUAUUUAUACCCUCUUAA